GGAGGACCCUAGCACCGCCCUCCCGGAUUUGCCACGUCGGUUGAAUUGCGCCUGCGCGCUGAGAGGGUGAGCUGGAGCUUACCUAGAAGCCGGUAGCGUGGAGUGCGUGCGACGGAGUCCGUGAGGGGUUGCCAUGAUGCCUGCUGCAAUAAAAAAACUCGAGAGCACACCAAUGUAUGAUCCUCACCUUCUUGAAGAACUUGAUUGGACCCUAAAUACUGUGACAUUUUCUCCUGUUAUUUCUCCUGAGGAUCCAGGAGAUGGUCUAGUUUUAAGACCUCUUUGCAGUACUGACAUCAACAGAGGCUUUUUAAAAGUUCUAGGUCAACUGACUGAAACUGGAACUGUUAGCCCCCAGCAAUUUCUUGAAAAUUUCGAACACAUGCGGAGUUCUGGGGACUACUAUGUUACAGUUGUGGAAGACACUAAACUAGGAGAGAUUGUAGCUACUGCAACCUUAGUCAUAGAACAUAAGUUCACUCACUCAUGCGCAAAGAGGGGCAGAAUAGAAGAUGUUGUUGUAAGUGGAGAUUGCAGAGGAAAACAGCUUGGAAAACUAUUGAUGUCAACUCUUACAUUGCUAAGCAAGAGACUAAAUUGCUACAAAAUUACUCUAGAGUGUAUGCCGAAAAAUGUAGCUUUCUAUACAAAGUUUGGAUACUUAGUAUCUGAAGAAAACUAUAUGUGCCUAAGGUUCUUCAAUUAAAGAAUUUCCUGCUGUCAUCUCUUAAUCAACUAUUGGUGGUGGAGCUUGUACUACUGACUUCUCUUUACAGAAAGCAAAUUCCCUGCAAAUAAAUAAUGAAUAGAUAUGAGACUAUUCUACAGACUUUGAUUUUAGGUUUCCUCGUUACCAAGGUAACCUAAGAAGUUUCCUAUUCAGCCCGUACAUUGUUUUUGAUAGCUAGGACAGGAGCCAUCUGUGCAAGGUAAGGAUGGUUUCUAGCCCAAAAUAAAUUUUAAUUUGAUGGGUUUUGUUUCCUUGCCCUGCAUUUUCCUGUAAUGUGCUGCUUUUUGUUAGCAGCUAAACAGUGAGUAGUAUGUUGAGAAUGUUUUUGUAAUUUUUUUGUCACAAAGAAAAAACUUACAAGUUUUUCUUUUUACGUUGACCUUUAAUGCACUUCAAAAUGAAUAAUUCCUAAUAUAGAUAUGUAGCUUGGUUUUAUUGGUUCUAUUGCACUCACAAUGAAGAGAAAUUAUUACAAGUGGCAUUCUAUGCUUGGGCUGAUAUACUGAAAUACCUCACCUUCACCUUUCCCAACUUGGUGCCCUUUAAAUAUGUUGAACCAAAGGUUUUACCAUUCCCCAGUCAGUACUGUUUCCCAAAAGUUUGUCUAGACCAUUUCACAAAUUGAAGCAAAACUUGGGAUAUGCAAAAUCUAUCAAUUUUUAAAUACAUACUUUCUGUAAAAUAUGUUUCACAGGUGUUUUGUGCUUAAAAUCUUAUUUGCCAUUAAGUGUAAUUACUGUCUGUUAAUGUACUGAGUAGAUCCUACAAAAGCCUGACUUUUCAUUAUGCUUUCAUUUUUGUUUUAGGAGAAAUAAUAUAGCACUUUGUUUCAUUAUACACAUACCAUGUUCGCUCAUCCACCCUCUAAAACAGACCUCCCAACCUUUCCGGGUUGGCGGCCCAAAAGGAAAGGGAGGAGCAGGGAAAUGUGCGCAUGCACAGGCGCAAAACAGUCAUGACAGCAGAGCUAGCGCUCACAAACCUGCAAAUGGGCCACUAGCUCCUGCGCACAUGUGCAAAUGGGCCACUGGCACACGUGCAUGCACUCGCCAGCCAUUCCCAGUACUGAUCUCUGGCCUGUUGGCCACCGGGCCACGGCCCACAGGUUGGGGACCCCUGCUCUAAAAGUAAUCAGGGCUAUGUCAAAAGUGGGGCGUUUGUGCAGUUUUUAAAGACAGUUCUUAAAGUACAAAGCAUCCAUAUGCCCCUAAAAGUCUUUUAAAAAUGCAAAAUUCUGUUUGAACAAUAAGCACUUCUAAAGGAAUGCAGGUAGGCCAGAAGAGUAGCACUUUUAGCACCGCCUGCAUAUUACUGGAUAGUAACAAAAAUAACUCCCCAUUUCCCUGUAAUUUUGAAGGAAAUAAUUAUAAUGGGCAUUAUGAGAUUAUGUGGUACAAGUCUUCUAUAAUGAUAAGCUUCAAAAAUUGAAUCACAGAUGGCUACAGAAAGUAGGGAUAGUCAUUCCAUCUCAUAUUUUAAGGUACUCUAAUUUUGAAGUUAUUUGAAUAUUUAUUCAAUAUUUUAAAAAAUUAUUGUAAAAUCUAAAUAAAUGGGGUUUGUGAUUA